AUGCAGUGUUCUGUAACGGAACACAUUUUCAAAGUAUUCAACGCAAUACUUACUCCACUACCACUGACUCCUCUGUCUCGGUCUGCUCUGUCUCUGACUCCUCUGUCUCUGUCUCCUCUGUCUCCUCUGUCUCUGACUCCUCUGUCUCUGUCUCCUCUGUCUCUGUCUCCUCUGUCUCUGUCUCCUCUGUCUCUGACUCCUCUGUCUCUGUCUCCUCUGACUCUGUCUCCUCUGUCUCUGACUCCUCUGUCUCUGUCUCCUCUGACUCUGUCUCCUCUGUCUCUGACUCCUCUGUCUCUGUCUCCUCUGUCUCUGACUCCUCUGUCUCUGACUCCUCUGUCUCUGACUCCUCUGUCUCUGUCUCCUCUGUCUCUGUCUCCUCUGUCUCUGACUCCUCUGUCUCUGUCUCCUCUGACUCUGUCUCCUCUGUCUCUGACUCCUCUGUCUCUGUCUCCUCUGACUCUGUCUCCUCUGUCUCUGACUCCUCUGUCUCUGUCUCCUCUGUCUCUGACUCCUCUGUCUCUGACUCCUCUGUCUCUGUCUCCUCUGUCUCUGUCUCCUCUGUCUCUGUCUCCUCUGUCUCUGACUCCUCUGUCUCUGUCUCCUCUGACUCUGUCUCCUCUGUCUCUGACUCCUCUGUCUCUGUCUCCUCUGACUCUGUCUCCUCUGUCUCUGACUCCUCUGUCUCUGUCUCCUCUGACUCUGUCUCCUCUGUCUCUGACUCCUCUGUCUCUGUCUCCUCUGUCUCUGACUCCUCUGUCUCUGACUCCUCUGUCUCUGUCUCCUCUGUCUCUGUCUCCUCUGUCUCUGACUCCUCUGUCUCUGACUCCUCUGUCUCUGUCUCCUCUGUCUCUGACUCCUCUGUCUCUGACUCCUCUGUCUCUGACUCUUCUGACUCUGACUCCUCUGUCUCUGACUCCUCUGUCUCUGUCUCUGACUCCUCUGACUCCUCUGUCUCUGACUCCUCUGUCUCUGUCUCUGACUCCUCUGACUCCUCUGUCUCUGACUCCUCUGUCUCUGUCUCUGACUCCUCUGACUCCUCUGUCUCUGUCUCCUCUGACUCUGACUCUGACUCCUCUGUCUCUGACUCCUCUGUCUCUGACUCCUCUGACUCUGACUCCUCUGUCUCUGUCUCCUCUGACUCUGACUCCUCUGUCUCUGACUCCUCUGUCUCUGACUCCUCUGUCUCUGACUCCUCUGACUCCUCUGUCUCUGACUCCUCUGUCUCUUUAA